UCACCUCCCCUCACACCGCCUCCCGCCUCUGUCACCUCCCCUCACGCCGCUCUGCCCCUCACACAGCCCGGAUUACUCUCCUCGCUCUCAGUACCCCGCCCUACCCCGGUCGCUCCGAACUGCACAAGGCGCUGCCGCUCGGCUCGGUGCGCGGCUUCCUGCGCUGUUCCGCUGUCCUGCACUGCCGUGCCCCGCUUGGUUCCCGGCGCUCCCGGUCCCGCCAUGGCGCUGAGGAGGGGUGUCCCGCCGGGCCGCCGCCCUCCCGCAGUUAAAGCUGGAGGUAUGAGAGUGUCUAAAAAGCAAGAAAAUGGACCAGUGGAGAAAAAUGCUAAACCUCUGGGAAAAGACAAGUCAAGUGCUAUUGUCAGUUUUACAAAACCUCAGAACAUGGGUGUCUUGGUAGCAGAGGCACUGAACAAAGGUAAUCCGAAGAUCUCGCAGUUAUCAUCUCUUUGUUACACACUUGCAGACUUCCUGCUGAAGCAUACAAGAGUUCCUCAUCCCUAGAGCUCAGUAAAACAUCAGUUGCAUAAUUUCAAUACAAACCUUUUAUCAAUAGUUGUGCUUAUAGCUUUAGCCUGUAAAUCUUGAAUUUUUGCUUAGGCUUUUUUAAUGAGAACAGAUACAACUCAUCCUCUUUCUCUUCCACUCAUCUCGUCUGUUCUGACCCACCAUUUCCUUCUCCUGUUGGUUUCUAGAAUCUUGUUUAUGAAGCUUCCUUGCUACUUUAGAAUGUGAUAGCUACUGUAAUAAUGAUGACUUUGAACCUGGGAAAAUAAGAAUUUGUUUUAAUUUACUGUUAACUCUGGCAUACAGAUUAUUUGCUGUGUUUUCCUUAUCUUGGAAGCUUAUUCUGUGAACUACUAAACAAGGAAAGAAAAAACCCAAAAAUUUCUUAAAGGUAGUCAGAGUAAUAUCACUUUAAAAACAGAAAUUAUAACUAAAACUACCAAGUUACCAUGAAUUCUGUGUAUUGAUCACUUGAAUUUUUUGUGGGUUUAGGCCGUACUGCUCCUUUUAAACUACUUUAGUAGGAUGAAAUUUAGAAAGACAAUAGCUGAAAAAUCUGUAUUCUAUCACAACUUUUUUUCUCCCCCCUUUAA